UGUGAAGAUGGCGGCAGUGGUGGAGGUGGAGGUUGGAGGAGGUGCCGCUGUGGAACGGGAUCUGGAUGAGUGAUCGGUGAAGGAAUCAUUAGGAGAAAGGAGGCACUGAGUUUGAAGGGAAUGAAGAACAGCGCUGAGCAGCAGAGAGCGAAGGUCGACAUGUCAGACCUCUCUCCAGAGGAGCAGUGGAGGAUUGAGCAUGCACGCAUGCACGCCAAGCACCGUGGCCAUGAAGCCAUGCAUGCUGAAAUGGUUCUCAUCCUCAUCGCCACCUUGGUGGUGGCCCAGCUGCUCCUGGUGCAGUGGAAACAGAGGCACCCCCGCUCCUACAAUAUUUAUUUUCUAGAAGAAAGGACAUGUGCAUGUACUACUUUAGUUUUCAUGAAGCUGCAUUGGUGGAGGUUCCUUGUGAUCUGGAUCUUGUUUUCUGCUGUCACCGCCUUUGUCACCUUCCGAGCUACCCGCAAACCUCUAGUACAGACAACCCCCAGAUUGGUUUAUAAGUGGUUCCUCUUGAUUUAUAAAAUCAGCUAUGCUACGGGCAUCGUUGGCUACAUGGCUGUCAUGUUUACACUCUUCGGUCUUAACUUACUUUUCAAGAUCAAACCAGAAGAUGCCAUGGACUUUGGCAUUUCCCUGCUCUUCUACGGCCUCUACUAUGGAGUUCUUGAGCGGGACUUCGCAGAAAUGUGUGCAGACUACAUGGCGUCUACCAUUGGGUUCUACAGCGAGUCUGGCAUGCCCACCAAGCACCUCUCGGACAGCGUGUGCGCCGUGUGUGGGCAGCAGAUCUUCGUGGACGUCAGUGAGGAAGGCAUUAUUGAGAACACGUACAGGCUGUCCUGCAACCACGUAUUCCACGAGUUCUGCAUCCGUGGCUGGUGCAUUGUGGGGAAGAAGCAGACGUGUCCCUACUGCAAGGAGAAGGUGGACCUCAAGAGGAUGUUCAGCAACCCCUGGGAGCGACCUCACGUCAUGUACGGGCAGCUGCUGGACUGGCUUCGGUACCUGGUCGCCUGGCAGCCGGUCAUCAUCGGCCUGGUGCAGGGCAUCAACUACAUCCUGGGCCUGGAGUAGCGGGGCGGCGGCAUCCACCCACCAUGGACCUCAGGGCGCUCUCUUCCCUGCCCUCCAGUCCCGGGUGGGAAGGACUCGGGCACCUGGGCACUCAGGACUGUGUCCGGGCAAGGGAGGGACAUACGGAGAGCCAGCCGGUGGGGCUGUCGGCAGUGGGGGCUUUUUAAAAGAAAACUAUUUUGAUGAAUAUAUUUAAAAAGACUUUUUUUUUUAAUUGUGGAACAUAGGAAUUGCCUCAGACUCUGCCUGCAGGCUUCACCCUCCCUGCUUGAGCUGAGUGGGAACAGCCUGCUCGCUCGUGGGCUUUUGGUUUAAAGGAGCCUUUUCGCCUCUGGGUGAGAGCCUGCCCUCUUCUCCCCACCCCCACCCCCACAGCUGCGAGGCUUCCCUCUCCCCUGGGAUGAGUGGCUGCCUCCUGACUCCCCCACCCACAAGCCAUAGGACAACUGAGGCAGUGGAACCCUGUCAUGAGUUCUCCUGUGAGGGAAGCCUGGGAGGUCGGGAUCCCCUUGGGGGUCUGUCUGGCAGAAGCGGAAGCAGCUACACUCAGAACAGCCACUGUGCUCUGCGCAGUUGGGCUGCAGGGGCCACUGGCGGGAGCACUGGUUGUGCAAGUCCCUUCAGCAGGAAGUAGUGACAUGUGCCAAAGGCCAGUCGCCAUGUCACUUCCCUGAAAGUGAGUGCGUUCGUGUGUGUUUGUGCGUAUGUGACAGAGGGGCAGUGACAGAUAUGAGACUUCUAAUCCCUGUGUCCCGGAAGCUGGGGUGGCGGUGAUUCCCAGCCCAGGGAAUGUCCCUCCGACUGCCUUGUUACUCAUGGGUCCUGCCCGGGCCUCACAGCCAGAGAGAUGUGCAGGUGGCGAGCGGGGCAGGGAGGUGCAGGUGAGCGUGGUCUCUGCACACUCACUCACAUGGUUCUGGGUGCUGCCAUGUGGGAAGGAAGUGGGGAGGCGGAGACCGCUGGCAGUGCUGGGUCUCUGGGGACUCCGGCCGAGUGGCCGCCCCUCAAGGACAGCAAGAACCAACAAGACCUUGUCACUCUAUUUUGAAUAAAGCUCCGUGAGCUGGGCUGGCAA